GUCGUGAAAGACUGCUCACAAUGGGGCAGGGUAAGCUGCUCGCAAGAGGGCAGGGUAACCUCCUGGCCUGCCUCUGUGCCUGUAGCUGUUGUUCGCGAAUCUACUUGUACUUAGUAAGCGCGACCCAAUCCCAAAGGAUAAUUCUUAUAAGUUGAUAGAUAAAAAACAUAACAAAAAAAACCUAUAUUAUUAAUCUAUCUUAUUAAUCUCCGCCGCCAUAAAACUCCCCGCCUAACCCACCGGAGACUAGUCGCCUCCUGCCGCGAAGCUAUUGCCCAUAGCCUCCUGCCCUUUCCCCUCACUCCUAAGCCCGAUAGCCUCCGGCCGUUUUCUUGUUGGAGUUCACGUUGUGGCCCCGUGGCAGACUACCAGAAAAGAAGCCAGAAAAAUGCCCGACGGGGGUAGGGGCGCAAGCUGGCGAAAGAAGUCCAAAGAGAAACAGCCGAAGAAAGAACUUCGACCAAAGACACCCGGACCCCAGACCUAUGGACCAAUGGCGAUCUUUGGACCGAAGGCGACCUUCAGACUGAAGGCGGUCCUUGGUCCGAUCUUUGAACCAAAGGCGAUCGUUGGACCUACCAGAGACGAUCUUGGGACCAAAGGCGGUCUUGGGACCAAAGACGAUCGUUGGACCAGCGGCGAUCUUUGGACCAAAGGCGACCUUUGGACCAGAGACGACCCCUGGACCCAAGACGACCUUUGCUACCUAUUGCUGGACCCAAGACGACCACCGGACCAAGGGCGACCUUUGGACCACCGGCGACCUUUGGACCACAGGCGACCUUAACCUUUGGACCACAUCCACCGGCGACCCUUGGACCACAGGCGACCUUUGGACCACACCAGACGACACGACCGCUGGACCAAAGUCAGGCGACCUCUGGACCAAAGUGCGACGACCUUUGGACCAAAGUAAGGCGACCUUUGGACCAAAGUAAGGCGACCUCUGGACCAAAGUAAGCCGACCUUUGGACCAAAGUAAGCCGACCGCUGGACCAAAGUAAGGCGACCUUUGGACCAAAGUAAGGCGACCUCUGGACCAAAGUAAUAGUAAGGCGACCUCUGGACCAAAGUAAGGCGACCUCUGGACCAAAGUAAGGCGACCUCUGGACCAAAGUAGGCGACCUCUGGACCAAAGUAAGGCGACCUCUGGACCAAAGUAAGGCGACCUCUGGACCAAAGUGAGGCGACCUUUGGACCAAAAUGAGGUGACCUUUGGACUUGGAGUCUGGACCAAAGUAAGGCGAUCUUUGGACCGAAGGCGAUCCUUGGGAGGGCCAGAGACGAUCUUUGGACCAGAGACGACCUGUGGACCAAAGACGAUCUUUGGACCAGAGGCGUUUUUUGGACCAGACACGACCUGUGGACCAAGGGCGACCUUUGGACCAAAGGCGACCUUUGGACUACAGACGACCUUUGGACCACGGCAGACCUCUGGACCACGGCAGACGUCUGGACCAAAGCCGACCUUUGGACCAAAGACGACCCUCAGACCAGAGGCAACCUCUGGACCACAGACGACCUGCGGACCACCGGCGACCUUUUAAGGCGACCUCUGGACCAAAGUAAGCCGACCGCUGGACCAAAGUAAGGCGACCGCUGGACCAAAGUAAGGCGACCUUUGGACUGAAGUAAGGCCACCUUUGGACCAAAGUGCGGCGACCUUUGGACCAAAGGCGACCCUUGGACCAAAGGCGACCGUUGGACCAAAGGCGACCUUUGGACGACCAGAGGCGACCGCUGGGCCGAAGACCUCCGACAAGACAAGAGACCCGCGACGGCAGACAUCUGACGAACGACCUCUGCCAGAAAAACUGCCGCCCGACCUGUGGCGAGAAGCCCUACCUCGACGAGGAUAGCGAAGACCUUUGACGAAGGACAUCAAUCCGACGAACGCGGUCAGUCUGGCGAAAAACGUCAGUCCGACGAAGGGGCAGAAUUAACCUCACGAAAGAAAGACAUCCGCUGCCCGAAGAAAGGUCCCGCGCAGCCUGUUCCGCUUCCGACGCAAGGCAGACGCCUGGCGAAGCAGUGCGCCGGUCUGGCGAGAGGCGUCACCUGGCUGGUCAGUGCAUCAACCUGACGAACCGGCGGCGCCAUGCUGAAGCAAGCCAUCAACCUGACCAAAGGCGUGAGUCUUGGCCCGGCGAGGAAUGUCGGCCAAGCGAAGCGCUUCAGUCUCACGAAAGGCGUCAGCCUGGCGAGAGACGUCGCCCGACCUUGACGAAGAGCCGCAGCCUGGCCAACGGCGUCCGCUGAAGGGCGCCGGCUGGCCUGUCGUCUGACGAAGGCCGCCAGCCUGGCGCAGCGCGUGGGCCUGACGAACGGCAUCAGCCUGAUGGAGGGCCUUAGUCUCCAGCCUGGUGAAAGACGUCAGCCAGUCAAGAGGCUUCAGCCACAACCCGAAGCGGGACGCCCCACGCCCCCGCGAAGUGCGCCCGUCUGUUUCUGACGAGAGACACCGGACGAAACAAAGAAGCCCCGCCAGGUGUAAGCGCGUAGAGAGACCCGAAAAGCGCGGCCCUGCGUUGCUUAUGCUUUGUCUUGUUUGGCCCGCUAAAGCCGCCGCCCGUUCUUGCCUGGCGCCACCGCGAGGCAUUUGCGUGCGUUGGGGCUUGCGGAUUCUUGUGCGUGUCUGGUGGCCCUCUUCUGGUUUUUUCGUUGGACUGCCGUGGGGGUCUUGCAAAUUCUUAAGGAUUUGCAUGACCCCCCGGCAAUCUCAUAAAAAAACCGAACGCAGCGCAAUGCCCUGCACAUGAGUCGACGCAUCGAUCUGAGUCGGCCACCGUCGGCGCUCGGCUCUUGUCGUAGUUAAUUCGUAGGGCGCAACAGCUCACCCGCGGGCUGUCUCUACUCUAGCGGCUGUAGCCCGUGGGAGGCUGCAGAAAAGUGCUUAACUAACUUGAAGCCGGGCGAAGCUUGUGGAGGCUAGUUAUAAAAUGUACAAAAAUACUACGUCUACGCUGUACGUAGAAAAAAGACGAAAUAAAGAGAUAGAUGGAAAAUAACGUGUAGGCGACGUGGGCACAACAAUUGUGCCAGAGCUUACGACGAAUACGAACAGCAACAGAGACAUUUUGAGAAGAUGGACAAUAAUUAAAUUACAUUUCUUGUGAAGAAUUUCAUCGAUUUUUAUAUAUAAUGAACAAGAACAAGAACCAAGAUGAGACCUAAAGAACUACAACUAGAAGUAGGUCAUAACAAGGACUACUUCUAGUAUCAACAUGAUUUUGAUUGAUGUUAUGAAGACCAGCAGUUGUACCUAGCAGAAAUCAGAAUCAGACAGCGUGCUGGAUAGCAAUUGGUUAUAAUUAAAAUUAUAAAUAUAGAUAUAUAAAAUAUAUUAUGAUGUAUUCGUAUUCUGAAAAAAAAAUAUGAUGUUGACACUAAAUAACUACUGCUGUGUACUGCGAACGACUAGGACAAGUAGAACUAGUCUAGUUCUACCUCCUCGGGAUGGAUGCCGCCUCGAGAAACAACUAUACUUUACAGAAGAAGAGGACAGGAUGAAGUAGAGACUGUUGAUGAUGACCCGAAAGCUAGUCCGAUCAAGCAGGGCGCCAAAUCAACUGGGACUGGCUCUUCUUGUGUCCUGUCGUCUACUUACGCGACCCAAGUGCUUGUUCCCAUGCAGCUCUAAAAACCAAAGUUGAAGGGAACUAAAAACCAAUGUUCUUGAAGGGAAAUUAAGACUGCUGGAUAAAAUAAAUAAUAUC